AUGUUGGCUAAAGGAGCUGCGGUAAAGUAUAGCGAAGAGAUGAGAUACGACCUAAAUUGUGAAGAAUACAAAUUUCGCCAACCUUUAGUUCAGGACAAGCGACAGAUAUCGGAAACCGAACUGAUGGAGUUUCACGAACCCCGUGUGAAAGAAUUAUUGGAGUCUAGUGUCGACCUGUUGACAUUCGAGUCUAUACUUAAUUGGAAGGAGGUUCAGGUUAUACUGAAUUUGUUAAAGAAAUAUCCACAAACUCGCGCUAUGAUCUCGCUUUUAUGUUCGUUGGAUAAAAAACUGAAACAGGACGGCUAUAAAUUUGUACAUGUAGCUGAGAGAUGUUACAAUACCUUGCCCAACCAAAUCAUUGCGAUCGGUGCCGAAUGCAUUGCGUCGGAAAUAAUAUCUCCGCUUAUGCGAUUCAUCAAACUCUCUAGGAAUCCUCAGAUUCCGUUUAUGUUAUAUGCUGACAAAUCUCAUUUAUUUAAUGAGGGAAAUACUGUUGAAUUUUGA